AUGGUCACACGAUGGUCGACAUCUGGCGUUCCUCGCACAGAAGUGGAAACUGGAAAUGUUAGGGAGUUGUUUCAAUCCUCUCAACAGCAGAUUUACGUCAAUGCAGUUUUUGAAGAUGUUGUGUGGCUGAGCAACGAGACUCUCUUGGUUUGCACUGUGGUUUCAUCGGACGAUGAACUGCCUCCGGAAAGGCCCGCCAUUCCCUCCGGUCCCAAGAUUCGGUCCAGUGAGAAAAAAAGAGGUAUUCCACCUAGAAGUACCGAUCAAAAUUUGCUCGAAGAUGAACACGAUGAAAAAUUAUUAAAUUACUACGGCAAAAGUCAACUUGUGGUGGCAUCCCUUGAUGGAUCCAAGUCUGACCUUGGAGAACCAGGCAUACACACGGGAAUGAUACCAUCUCCAGAUGGCAAGUACAUUUUGAUUGAGUCAAUUCACAAAGUGGAUGGAAGAUUCUUCAAAAAGGUUGAGGUUUGGAAAAUUGAUGAUGGGACAGUUUGUUCUUUUAGAGAAAAUGAGGUACUUGAGAAAACACUUCGUAAUUUGCCUCUAUCCAGUAAAGACAUUCCUAUAGAACCUGAUGGUACACGGAAAGGGAAGCGCUCAAUUCAGUGGAGGACAGAUAAGCCUUCCACUCUUUGUUGGGUGGAGUCAAAGGAAAUGAAUGGAGGUCGCUCACAACACGAGGAACAAGAUGGUGGUGAUGCAAAAGUGCAAUCCACACAACAUGAUGUCAUGUAUACACUUGAGCUCCUUGAGCCUACCGAAAAUAAAGAGCCAAAAAGAUUGCAUGAACUUGAGCUUCGCUUUAGAAGCAUCAAGUGGUGCGAUGAUUCACUCGCUUUAGUGCAUGAGUCAUGUGAGAAAACAGGGACGACAAGAAUGUGGUUUAUUUCACCCGGCGGUGGAUCGGAUGACGAGGGAAUAAGUCGUUCUCCACCAAUCAAAGUGUUUGAUAGCUCAUUAGAGAAAGCAGACUCUGAUCCAGGCCGCAUUCCCUUGAUGCGAAGAACUCCUCAAGGUAGGUACAAAAUUGCCAAGGUGAAAAUACCGGAGGAGGAGGACCCUGGUGAUGAAAACAUUUAUAUUUUGCUGAAAGGACGUCGCCGUGAUACACCAGAAGGAGACAUCCCGUGUUUAAAUUCCGUUGAAAUAAAAACUGGUAAGAAGAAGGCAUCACCGAUAUGGGAAAGUGACACUGAAACAUAUUACGAAACUGUUGUUUGGUUGAUGUCUGAUCAGUACGAGGGGGAGUGCUUGCCCGUUGAUCAAAUGCGGCUACUUAUUUCAAGAGAAUCUUCAACCACAACAACCCAGUAUUUCAUUCAAGGCCACAAAGAUAAAAAAUUACAUCAGAUUACAGAGUUUUCCGAACCACGCCCUCAGUUGAAGCUAUCCACAAAGACAAUUACAUAUAAAGUGGGAAAAGAUGAAUAUGCUGCGGACCUGUAUUUGCCACAACGUGAUGAAGCGCCACUCAAUCUUCCGUGUUUGGUUUGGGUGUACCCAGAGGACAAGCCCAAAGUUAGAACUGCCACUGAAGCGGAACCUAGAUCUGGACCUAUCCGUUCUAAUUCUCCAAAACGGUUCAAUAAGAUAGUGCCAACAUCUCCUUUAGCUUGGCUGUCGAUGGGGUUUGCGGUUUUGUAUAGACCACCAAUUCAUAUCAUUGGUGACGAUCAUAACCAUCCAAAUGAUACGUAUCUGAAGCAACUGCGUGAAAUUGCGCAUGCUAUCGUGAAGGCACUCAAAGGGACGAAUUUGGUGGAUCCCAACAAAAUCGCCGUUGGUGGUCAUUCCUACGGAGCAUCCGCAGUUGCGAACCUCCUAGCAAAUGAACCCGAUCUCUUUUGCUGCGGUAUUGCUCGCUCUGGCGCUUACAACAGAACACUCACACCAUUCGGGUUCCAGAAAGAAAAAAGGAAGUUUUGGGAAGCCUCUAAUGUCUAUUAUGAGAUGAGCCCCUUCAUUUCGGCUGAUAAAAUUCAGAAACCCAUCUUGCUUAUUCACGGGGAAGAAGACAAAAAUACUGGGACCUGGACAAUGCAGUCGGCAAGAUUUUUUGAUGCUUUGCGAGGACUUGGAAAAUUUUCUCGUCUAGUUAUUCUUCCCCUGGAAGGCCAUCAGUAUGUUGCGCGCGAGAGCAUAUUGCAUGUCCAGUGGGAGACUGGCAGGUGGCUGAAUAAUUUCUGCCCGACGGACACUUUCCAUGGUUCAUCUCUUGCUUCUACUUCAGCCCAGGGUGAAGAACUGGGUGACCAAUAUUAUCGAGUUCCUGCACCGGAGAUAACAAAUAUCGUCGACAACUUUGACAAUUGCAAGAAACUGUUAUCUCCAUGCGGGAAUCUGAAACUGAUUCUUAAGUAUCAACCUCAAAAACGUCAAGACAUGGUGAAAAAACGAGAGCGAGAGGUGUAUCUUGCUGGCAUUCAAAUCGAUCGGCUUAGUAACUGCCAAAGCAACACGCUAUUUUUCUCUAGCAUAUGGAUCCAAUCCACCAAGGAUGCUAACUCUAAAUCCACGGUCUACAUUCCAGAAGAUUCUGAAAUCAGCUUCGUCACUUGGUCAGAUGACAGUAAGCAUCUUGCCUUCGCUGUACGGAAUAACAAGGAGGAGGACAGCAUUAAUCGUCAUAAAUUAAGAGUAUGGGUUGCGGAAGCGAAAACUGGGAAAGCUCGGGACUUGUUUAGGAACUAUCCAGAUAUCUAUUUAAAUGCCUUUUUUGAUGAUUAUGACGACUUCCUGACCAAGCAAAACGAGAAAUGGAAAAAGUAUAAAGCACAGCAAGAAGAAUUAUGCCAGGAAGAAAAAGAUAAAGGGAAUGAAAGGGUUAAAGGAAAGAAGAAUAAUAAUAAAGGGAAAAAGGAUAAAGAGCCACAAGAAGAAAAAAGAGGUCUAAGGGGUAUGAUGUGGGUGAACAAAAACACUCUGUUGGUUUGCACUAUUCCCACAUCACGGCCGAAAGAUCCACCACCUGAUAGUGAUGUUCUCUCGGGUCCAAACCAGUACAGUGCGCAGGAGAAGGUUGAUCCAGUUAUCACGGGUCAAGAUUUUAUCAAGGAUCAACAUCAUGCAGAGCUAUUUGAUCACUAUGCAACCAGUCGACUUGUUCUGGUCUCGCUCGAUGAUAAAAAUCCCAUUACGCUUAUGCAGCCGCUUGAUGCAUUCACGUUAACGAAGCCGUCAAGGCGAGAUGGAAACAACAUUUUGAUCGAGUCAGUCCAACGGCCAAAACUUAUAGAUAGACCUUAUAACAAAUUUCAUAAAAGGUACUGGGUCUACACGGAUACUGGGAGGUUGGUUUCUGAAAAACCGGGCAAAGUUGCGCAGGACCGUUGUACCGGGUCUUGAAGACUUGCUUAUCUUUUUUCACGCCACCUCUGUUUUUCUUACCUGUAUUUGUUGAGAGUAAUUGUGUUAAUUAGAUCCCUGGCUGUUUAUGUGUCAAGCAUGCCCAGUGCAAGAAACAUG